AUGGUUCCAAGUGCUGCCGUCAGCGGCGUUAUCGCAGCUGCCGCCUCGACCGCGGCCGCCGCACCCAAGCGCGACCCUGACUCGGCUGUGGCUCUGCUUCACGCCGCGGGUGACGACCAGGAGGCUCUCGCCGAGGCGAUUGCUGAGGCGGCCUUCCUGGACACCACACCCGGGGACCACCGGCAGAAGCUACGGGCGGCGCGCGCGCGACUGCGGCAGCUCAAUGCGGCGGCGGCCAAGGCUGACAGCGCCGACCGCUCACCACACGCCAAGGCUGAAUACACUGCUGAAGACUUCGAGCGCCUGACGGGCCAAUACGAAAAGCUCAAUUGGCGCAUGGUCAGUAAGCCCGGAGGUGCCACCGUCAAGCCCGAUGACUUCUAUCGUCUCUACGCGCUUCACAUGCAGGCCACCCAGGGCGACAACGCCACCGAGCGGCCCAUGUGGGCGGAGCGGGGGGGACUGGACUUCGAGGGCCGCGCACGCUGGGACGCCUGGUCCGCACUGCGCGGCACGGACCCUGCCAAGGCGCAACUGCGUUUCGUGAAGCUGUUUCAUGAGUUCAGCCCGGCGGCGCUGUACAAGGACACGCGAGGCGCCGUGCUCGCGGCGGGAGGACAGUAA